AUGGACUCGAUCGGUGACGUGAAGGUCGUCGAUGUCGACGAGAAGACAGAUUCGCUACCCGACCAAUGGACGCCUCCAAAUGAGUGGCUCUUGCGUCUUGUGGAGGAGUACAGCGGGAGGCAUGGCGGGGAUACCGAAACGUUGCCAGCCGGAUCCAAUGCCAAUCGCGUCGCUGCAGCGGUUUUCACCAUGAACGAGGAGGAGUCGAUCAAGAUACUGAGAUCUAUCAUUAAUGAUCACCAUCAAGACUAUACCUUUGAUCAUGCCCAGAUGCAACGCCUCAAGGAGAUUGUUGAGGGCAAUGAGGCAUGCGAUAUGGAAUACGGGGAAUGGGCUUAUCUAACAUGCAAGACUGCAGGCCUCAUGUACAACUGGUCUCCCUACGCUGAAGUCCGAGCCGUAACCCUGCCAUAUGAUGAUCCGGAGGAGCCUUGCGAGAGUGUUCGGGCUUAUAUACUGGGGUUCUUUUGGGUUUGUGUCUGCACAGCAGUCAACACAUUCUUCGCCCCUCGUCAACCGGGCAUAUCCAUUCCUAACCAGGUGGUACAGUUGCUUCUUGUUCCCAUGGGCCGGGCGAUGGCCUUUGUGAUCCCGGACUGGGGGUUCACCAUUCGCGGCAAGCGCUACACUCUCAAUCCCGGUCCGUGGACGUCGAAAGAACAGCUCUUCGCCACAAUUAUCUUCUCCGGUGCAUCGACAAUUGGCAACUUUACAGGUCUGCUAGUCAUGCGACUGCCCGUGUUCUUCGACCAGAAGUGGGCCAGCUUUGGGUUCGCUAUAUGCCUGGCCCUGGCGAACCAGAUCUAUGGCCUCGGCAUGGCUGGUAUCCUCCGUCGUCUGACGGUUUAUCCUAUUGAGGCGGUCUGGCCCCAGGCGCUCCCCAUUCUGGCACUCAACCGGACCCUCAUCAAUAAUGACAACAAGCGCGAGACCAUCAAUGGUUGGGCCAUUACCCGGUAUAUGUGUUUUGUGAUUUUCGGUGUUGUCUUCCUCGUUUACUACUGGAUCCCAAACCAGUUUUUCACUGCCCUUAGGCUGUUCAAUUGGAUGACCUGGAUAUCACCGGGUAACACGAAUCUCGCAAUUGUCACCGGAUCUUAUGGAGGUAUGGGGUUCAACCCGUUCUCGAGCUGGGACCCCAACAUUUCCGGUUCCCUGGCCAUGAACUCGCCGUUCUUUGCUCAACUCCAACAAUAUGUCAUGCGCGUCGUCGCGGGCAUUCUCAUUCUCAUAAUGUACUACAAGAACGCGUUCUGGUCCGCAUUCAUGCCCAUUAACUCGAAUGGCGCCUUCGACAACCAGAUGCAUGCGUACAACGUGAGUAAGGUGCUCACUGCGGACAACGAGGUCAAUGUCGAAGCCUACAAGGACUACGGCCCACCCUACUACGCGGUUGCUAACCUGUUCGUGACGGGUGCCAACUUUGUGUAUUACACGUUCUCGAUCGUGUACGUUUUCGUCAAAUACUGGGGCGCCCUCAAGAAGGCGUUUGUCGGCAUUGUGGUCAACACCAUCAAACGCCAGUCUGUCUACACCGGCUUCGAGGAUGGAAACGCGCGAAUGAUGCGGCGUUAUAAGGAGGUCCCAGAGUGGUGGUACGGCAUCGUGUUUGCGUUUGGAUUUGUCAUAUCUAUUGUUGCGGUGACUGCGUGGCCAACACAGACACCGUGGUAUUCGAUUCUCGCCAUCACCGGUAUCGGUGGCUUACUGACAAUUCCCUGGGUCAUCAUUGAAUCGAUUGCAGCGACUGGUAUCUCGCUAAAUGUGAUCUGGCAGGUGCUCCCUGGUCUUUGGUGGCCCGGACGGCCCAUGCCACAACUGGUCAUCCUGAUGCUUGGCGGCGCCUUCGAGCAGAUGGCCGGCGGUUUCACGCAAGAUCUCAAAUACGCUCACUAUGCCAAACUUCCUCCUCGAGCAGUAUUCCGGGGUCAUGUGGCAUCAUGUAUCGUCAACUGCUUCAUCUACUGCGCCAUUCUCGAGGUCAUGAUGAUCUACUUUAACGAGGACAACACCCUAUGUCAGUGGGAUAACAAGGAGCACAUGGUCUGCAACUACGCGAACUCGGUCUACUCCUCUGUCAUAUUUUUCGGGGCGUUUGGUACGAACAACAUGUUCAGGCUGUAUCCGGGCCUACCUUGGUGCUUCCUGAUCGGCGCAGUGCUCGGUGCAGUAUGGGUGCUUGGUGAGAAGGUGGCGCCCCGUAUCCGCCGAAAUGUCCAGGGGCGAAUGGAGGAGAAGCAGUUCUCCUCGUUCGACAGGUAUGUGUGGAAGCCGACGGCCAGCGUCCUCGCCUGUAUCAACCCCGCAGUGGCCCUAUCAGGGGCCCUGAACUGGGCAGGAAACACCAACCUGACGUACGCGACGCUGGGCAUCUACAUUGCCUGGUAUUUCCAAUUCUACCUCAAGCGUCGCUAUACUGCGUGGUGGGGCAAGUACGCGUACCUGAUUUUCGCGGGCCUCAGCGUCGGUAUCGCCAUCUCGGGUCUGAUAGUCACGCUGGUCUUCAGCUUUGGUGCAGGCCAAAACGCGUCGUUCAGCUGGUGGGGUAACGACGUUGCCACACGGGGCGUCGACUACCAGCUGUACAACAAUAAUGCAUCGCUGUUGCCUCUGCCGGGCUCGGGCUACUUUGGCCUGUCUCCCAACCAAUACCCACUCAAUUGGUAG